AUGAAGGUCAUCGGGGUUCUCGUGGUCUUCGCCUCCUGCCUGAUGGCCCUCACCCACAGCAGCUUCUGGCAGUUUCAAAGGAUGGUCAAACACAUCACUGGGCGGAGUGCCUUCUUCUCAUAUUACGGAUAUGGCUGCUACUGUGGGCUUGGGGGCAAAGGGACUCCUGUGGAUGACACUGACAGAUGCUGCCUGGCGCACGACUGCUGCUACGAGAAGUUGAAGCAGCUGGGCUGCCAGCCCGUGCUGAACAGCUAUCAGUUCCACAUCGCCAACGGGACCGUGCUCUGUGAAUGUGCCCUCGGUCCUGGUGCUGCCUGCCUCUGUGGGCUGAGGGCCUGCGAGUGUGACAAGCAAUCUGCAUACUGCUUCAAAGAGAGCCUGCCCACCUACGAGAAAAACUUCAAGCAGUUCUCCAGCCGGCCCCGGUGCGGCAGGCGUAAACUCCAGUGCUGUGGGGCCCCGGGGUCCCCUUGUUGGAUGCAGGGUGGACUUGGGAACCAAGCCCACAACCCAGAUCAAGCUGGGAGCCAAGCAGACAUUCUGGAAAACAAGGUCGUGGCACCCAUGCCGAGGACCUGA